UUCUUAUUCCUGGUGCUAGGCAAGCAGAGGAUGGCUACAAAAAUUACUGCCCCAGCCAAUGCCCAAAGACAAACAAUAGGACAGGAGGAGUACAGUCUGUACAGCAGCAUGACUGAAGAUGAGCUUAUUCAACUGGCCAUAGAACAGAGUCUGACAGAGGAUCCCUCAGGUCAGUCAGCUGCCCAGAGUCAUCAGAAAUCUGUCAUGACAACCCCUGGAGAGCCACCCACGAUGAAUCGCCCUUGCUCUCAUAAUCCGCCAUACCAGCUUAGUCCUUGGCACAGUAGCACUGGGUGGGCCAAAAAUAAUCCAGAGCUGAGAGAGCAGCUGAGUUCUGCACAGAGCAAGCCGUGGCCAUCUGCUUUCAUUCAAAGCCCAAGCAGCAGGCUCCUUCUCUCUCUCUGUCUCUUUCGGCUCCUGCCUUUACCCAGGGGCCCGGAUAUGACCUGCUUCUCCUACUCAAAGUAUUUCUCUUUGUUUCAUUCCUGCCAUCACUACUCCAGGUUGGCAGCCCAGGCUGGAGGCCAAGCUCCGGGGUCAUCUCGGGGGGUCAGACGGAGAUACGAUGGCAGCCUGUUCAUCACCCCCCAGCCUGUAGAGCUGGAUCCUGUAGUGGCAGCAAUCAAGGAAGGAAAUGAAAGUGCCCUGCUCAACAUGAUGAAAUCAGGGAAGAACCUUUCCAAGCCGAACAAGGAUGGAUGGCUACCACUGCAUGAAGCUGCCUAUUAUGGCCAAGAAGGCUGCCUGAAAAUGUUGCAAAGAGCAUACCCUGGAACCACUGAUCAGCGUACGCUUCAGGAAGAGACAGCACUGUACAUAGCCACGAACAGGGGAAACCUGGACUGUCUGCUUCUUUUGCUGCAAGCUGGGGCUGAGCCUGAUAUUGCAAACAGGUCCAGAGAGACUCCACUCUAUAAAGCCUGUGAACGCAAAAACGUCGAAGCUGUAAAGAUGCUGGUGCAGUACAAUGCUGACGCAAACCACCGGUGCAAUCGGGGAUGGACUGCUCUCCACGAGGCCGUCUCUCGCAAUGACAUAGAAAUAAUCGAUAUUCUGGUGAAAGGGGGAGCCAAGAUUGAAAGCAAGAAUACAUAUGGGAUCACCUCUUUAUUUGUGGCUGCCGAGAGUGGGCAGUUAGAUGCUUUGCGGUACCUUGCUAAGUGUGGUGCUGAUAUCAACACCCAAGCUAGCGACAGUGCCUCUGCACUUUAUGAAGCCUGUAAAAAUGGACAUGAAAUGGUGGUGGAGUUUCUCUUGUCCCAAGGUGCAGAUGCUAACAAAACCAAUAAGGAUGGGUUAUUACCGCUUCAUAUAGCAUCCAAAAAAGGCAAUUAUGAGAUAGUCAAAAUGCUGCUCCCCGUGACCAGCCGCACUCGGAUCAAGCGCAGUGGCAUCAGCCCACUCCAUCUUGCAGCUGAGCGCAACAACAAUGACAUCUUGGAAGAGCUCAUCGAGGCCGGCUAUGAUGUGAAUGCCACCCUCUCCUUUGAGAGAGCCCGGCUCUAUGAGGACAGGCGCAGCACCGUCCUCUACUUCGCUGUCAUUAACAAUAAUAUCUAUGCCACGGAGCUGCUGCUGCAGGCUGGUGCCAACCCCAAUGUUGAUCUAAUCAACCCCCUGCUAAUCUCCAUUCGCCAUGGCUGCCUGAAAACCAUGAAACUGCUUCUAGAUCACGGGGCGAAUAUUGAUGCAUACAUUUCUAGCCAUCCUACGACUUUCCCAGCUACCAUCAUGUUUUCAAUGAAGUACCUUGCUCUGCUCAAAUUUCUAAUGGAUCUAGGUUGUGAUGCCAAAUCCUGUUUUAAGUGCCAGUAUGGAAAUGGUCCACAUCCUGUGCUAGAUCAUAGAAGGGACAGAUAUGACGAUACCGAGGUGAACAAACAGCCACACGUAGUACAGUUUUGUGACUUGGUGUCUGCUCCAGAGAUGGAUCGCUGGGCCGGGCCUAUUAUUGAUGUCCUCCUGGAUUAUGUGGGCAAUGUGCAGCUCUGUGCCCGACUCAAAGAGCACAUAGACAGCUACGAGGACUGGGCAGUCGUUAAAGAGAAAGCAGAGCCCCCGAGGCCUCUCGCUCACCUUUGCCGGAUCAAGGUACGAAAUGUGAUUGGGAGAAACCGCAUUAAACUGAUUGACACUUUGCCUCUGCCGGGCAGACUGAUCCGAUACCUACAGUAUGAUUAUUCACAGUGACCUCAUGCAAAUCUGGUGAUCAGCAGCUUCCUGGUGCAAGAACCCACUUCAUUAGAGAGGAGAGUAUUCACAUGAUCAUGAAGAAUGGACUGCAUGAUGGGAAAAAACCUAUGUCACCUAUCAGACAGUAUCACCCCAUAGUUAACCUAUGUGCAUUACAUUUCUGGAAAGAGAGAGUAAAGGACACAGAGAGACACAAAUGGGACAGGCUACCCUUUGAUUUUUUUUUCAAAGGAAAACAAAAAGUGCUUUGUAAUGUUACACAUAUCAGAGCUCCAUUGUAUGGAAUCAGACAGGAAAGCCAGCACUGAAAAACUAACAGAGAAUCAAAACCAAGUGACACUGAAAGAUUCAAAAAGGACUGGAAGCUCUUACAGAGGUUAGAGUUCUUCAGUUCUCAAGAGUCUAAUUAUUUCCCCAGAUAUUCAGAUUUUUGACAAUCGCAUUUGAAUUCCCUGAGUGUUAUUUUGAUUUCUGUUGUGUUAGACGGAGCAGUUGGCAGGUUGCUAAUUCUCUGGUCCCUUGACACUGUCUCUCUUACAUAUUUAUUUGUUGCUUCUUUUGGCCUUUCUUGUGAACAGUUCACUUGAUUUGCAAGCAUUCGAAGCUCAAAACUUCUGAGAAGAUUUUUUUCCCCUCAACAAAGACAUUUUAUAAAUAUUAGUGAAAACCUAGAAGACUUGACUCACCCUGAAUUCCUGUUAAAGUCAGUGGACACUUUGAGUACAAUCUAAGGACUGAAGGAUUUAGCUCAUGAUAAAUACUGUUUGAAGUAUAUUAAAUGUGCAAAAGAAGAAGACAAGGCUCUGGGGUAAGUGAAUUUCUGCAAUGAAGAUCCAAAAGCAAUUCUGAGGUCCUUUUAACAGAUGUAAAUCAGAUCUAGCACCAGAGACAUCAGUGCACAAAAUUGCCACAAGAGUAGAAUCAGGCCUUGAAUUUUAGGUGACAGAUUUAAGUGGAGCCAAGGUACUGAAUGCCUGUUGCUUGCGGAAGAGUGAGAUUUUUUUCAAAAUGAUAAAGCCUGGCUCUAAAAUUUUCCAGAAAGGGUACUCAAAAUUAGGCUCCUAUAUCCUUAUUUAAGCAUUUAAUAAAUGCCAGGUUACAGUACACUUACACUGAACAUUUACUUAUGCUACAAGUAAUUCCACUGAGAUCACUGAAGACACUUGUGGAAUAAGAUGCUACGUAAGGAGAAUUAGAGCAUCAUAAUUGGCCCAAUGUUGCCUCAAUUUCAAAACUGCUGAGCACCCAGAACCUCACCCUGACAUCAGUGGAAGCUGCUAGAUUACAGGCUCUUUGAAAAUCAAGUCAUUUAUUGGAGCCCCUGUAUAAUGUUUAAAAAAAAGGUACUUUUUUAGACACCUGUCUUUGCAAAUCUUGACCUAGAAAUACACUGGCUAUUCAUCCUGAUAUUCUGAACACAAUGGAGUUUUGGGCUCCAGUCUGCUUUGGAUUCAUACCAGAGAUUAUUGGCAAGUACAAGCAUACAUGUAUUAGGUAUGAUUUUGUUUGUUGAGCUAUGGAUUCAGAUAAAAAUCUACGUAGGGAAAAUGCUGUUACUCCCGUCAAACAGAGCUGCACUGCACAAAAGUUUCUUUUUGUAGCCUUAUACACUUCAACCCAACACUAUAUGUGUAUUGCACAUGUGCGUGUCUGGUUUUGCAUAGAGUUUGGAGUGAGACAGCUUCUUGCGCUUGUGGAAUGAGAUGUAACCAACAGUAGCAACAGCUGCUGCUAACUACACCUCUGUGUGUUUACUGUCCCCUUUCAAAAUGCAAUGGCAGCUGAUAAACCAAUACCUUUUCUAUUCAGACUGAGCUGUGAUCCUCUAGCAGAGCUUUGAAGAAAGUGGUUAGUGCGUGGCAAGCUCCUCAGCUAGUGAAAAUAGGGACAGUUCCACCCAUUGACUUUAUUUACUCCUGCUGUCACUGAAAUCCCAGCCCCUCAUUCUCCUCUGUAACAAAAACGAGGAGUCCCAUGGCACUGUAGAGACUAACAGAGUUACUAGGGCAUACGUUUUUGUGGAUAACACUCCCUUCAUCAGAUGAAUUGGAGUGGAAAUUAUAGAGGCAGGAGUAUACAUUUAUAAAAGUACAGCAAAAGAAAGAAGUUACUUAUCAAGUGUAGGACUUGUGUUAAUGAGACUAAUCAAGUCAGAGUGGAUGUGU